UGUCACGUGAACCCCUGCAACCAAUCCAUGUCUACCUUCUUCUCUCCUCUGGUCAGUCGAGUCGGAGGAGCGAAGCGAUGGCGGUGCGCCCAUAGACAUUACCAAGCAAAGUUUUAGCUGCUCUGAAAAAGUCUUUGGAUCUAGGCGAGGGGGAAAGCCGUCGUUUUUGUAAUGCUGGUGACUUACUGAAGUGCGCACUAGACUGACUCUGCGAUAGGUUUCCUUCUGCGCGCGCGACGAGUCCUUAGCGUUCGGCGGAUUUUUUCGGGAGCUUCAGUUAAGUUACUAACGUAGUUUGUGAACUUCGGAGAGAGCUAACGCUUUAGCAUAGCUCUUUAGCCUGCUCGUUUAAAGUGUUUCAACUACCCAGCGAGUGUCUGUGUGGAGGUUUUGUACAUGUACAUACGCAAUUUAAUUAUUGACGUAUUUUAGGUAGUGGAUUAAUCGUGUGUAUAUUUAGCUUGAUUCAUUCGCUUGUGAUGAGCAGGUACUUUGCACCUGUAGCCUCACGGCUUGAAAACUUUCUUGACUUUCCCGGUUAGGUGUGUUGUUUACAAUGAUUUUUACAAAGAUGAAAUUAUUUUGUAUGUCUGGUUGCGUUUAAAUCGAUAGACUAAUAAUGUAGCGUUUACUCUCAAAAGUAACGUUAAACAUAAAGGUAGCGUCGCAAAUAUCCUGGCUAAUGCUGUCCCAGCUUCAGAGGCACUUCGCACUCCCAGACUGGUUAUCUGGCUUACGUGGAAACAAAGCAAUGCGUCCCUUAACCUCUAUUAAGCCGGAUUUAACCUGACCGACUCUCCAUAAGUGAUAUAAAGUGAUCUGGCUGGGGGUUUUAGGAUUUUUGUGUGUGUAUGUGUCACUGGGGAAUACGACUACAGGACUUGUUUUCUUUGAUUUGACAUCACGGCACCCUAUGGUGCUCCUGCAGGCACCGAGACAUGGAUGUUCCCCAGGCCGUUUUCCCAAACGGUGAGGGGCGCCUGAGCCUCCAAGACCAUGUCUGGACGGAGUCCUCCAGCUCGGGGACUUGGGCUCACUCUGCCCCCGUGUGUCCCCGCUCGCUUUGGACCGCGGUGUUUGACUAUGAGGCCAGCGGGGAGGACGAGCUCAGCCUGCGGCGAGGAGACGUGGUGGAGGUCCUCUCUAAAGACGCUGCCAUCUCGGGAGACGAAGGCUGGUGGACGGGUAAAAUUAACCAUCGCGUGGGCAUCUUCCCAUCUAAUUAUGUUACUUACCAACCGGCAAUUUAUAGAGCAGUAGGGGCUCGCGAGAGUGACCCGUCCGCCCCUGUCCGGAUACCGUUCUCUGAACUUGUUUUACAAGAAAUCAUCGGCGUCGGUGGGUUUGGCAAAGUCUACCGGGGGACCUGGAAGGACCAGGAGGUCGCGAUGAAGGCAGCUCGACACGACCCCGACGAGGAUAUUAAAGCGACUGCAGACAAUGUUAGGCAAGAAGCCAAACUUUUCUCGAUGCUUCAACAUCCAAAUAUUAUUAAACUAGAGGGGGUGUGUUUGGAGGAGCCUAACCUCUGCCUGGUCAUGGAGUAUGCCCGAGGAGGGACUCUGAACCGCGCUUUGACGGGCAGGAGGAUCCCCCCUCAUAUCCUCGUGAACUGGGCCGUCCAGAUCGCCAGAGGCAUGCAGUAUCUCCACGAGGAGGCCGUGGUUCCCAUUAUUCACCGAGACCUCAAGUCCAGCAACAUUUUAUUACUUGAAAAAAUUGAAAAUGAUGACAUUGGUCGAAAAACCCUGAAGAUUACUGACUUCGGCCUGGCCCGUGAGUGGCACAAAACGACCAAAAUGAGUGCAGCUGGCACUUAUUCCUGGAUGGCUCCUGAGGUCAUCAAGUCCUCUCUGUUUUCCAAAGGGAGUGAUGUCUGGAGCUAUGGAGUCCUUCUUUGGGAGUUACUGACUGGAGAGGUUCCUUACCGUGGCAUCGACGGUUUGGCAGUUGCCUAUGGAGUGGCUGUCAACAAAUUAACCCUUCCCAUUCCAUCUACCUGUCCCGAGCCUUUUGCCAAGCUCAUGGAGGAAUGCUGGGAUCAGGAUCCCCACAUCCGUCCGUCCUUUGCUUCCAUCUUGGAGCAGCUGACUGCCAUAGAGGAGGCUGUGAUGGCCACCAUGCCGCAGGACUCCUUCCACUCAAUGCAGGAAGACUGGAGAGUGGAGAUUCAAGAAAUGUUUGAUGAGCUACGCACUAAAGAAAAGGAGCUCCGUUCACGUGAGGAGGAGCUGACGCGAGCAGCCCUUCAGCAGAAGUCUCAAGAAGAGCUGUUGAAGAGGAGGGAACAGCAGCUGGCCGAGCGGGAAAUUAAUGUGCUCGAGCGUGAGCUCAACAUCCUCAUAUUCCAACUCAACAAGGACAAGCCCAAUGUUAAGAAACGAAAGGGCAAGUUCAAACGCAGCCGGCUCAAGCUCAAAGAUGGCAACCGCAUCAGCUUACCCUCAGAUUUUCAGCAUAAAAUCACAGUUCAGGCCUCUCCGACUAUGGACAAGAGAAGAAGUCUCAACAGCACCAACUCCAGCCCUCCCAGCAGCCCUACACUGAUCCCUCGCCUCAGAGCCAUUCAGUUGACCCUGGAUGAGAGCAACAGGACAUGGGGUCGAAGCACCAAUUACAAACCUGAGGAGUUUGAAGAUGUUAAGAAAGGUUUUAAGAAGAAGGGCCGCACAUGGGGACCAAGCUCUGUGCAGACCAAGGAAAGAGGAAAUUGUGCUGAAAGAGUUCGUCCUCUCUCAGAUGGAAGCAGUCCCUGGUCCACUAGUCUAAUGAAGUCCCAGAAAUCUGUUCCAUUGGCUGCAUUAUUUGCAGAGCAGGGAAUCGAUAAAGAUGAAGUGUGCUCUGCUGAUGGAUCUGACAACAAACCAAAGCAACUCAAGUUCCCCAACCAGGUGUAUAUUGAUCUACCUCUGUGGAAAGAUGAACAGGGGGAUGGCCAGGGGCCGGCUGGUGGAAGUGAGAGCCAGGAGGACCCAGCAACCUCCACCAGUUCCACCAGCACCACACCGCAGCACACACCCACCAACAGCCUGAAGCGCACCACCACACGCCGGCGCACAGACGCUGUUCUCUAUGGGUGUGCCUCCAUCCUUGCAUCUGUCGCCUUCGGCUUUGACCUGCGGGAGGUAUGUAAGGGUGCUGCUAAUGAGGAACCAGAGCCACGUGAAGAAAAGAAAAAACGAGAGGGCCUGUUUCAGCGUGCCACUCGCUUCCGCCGCAGCACCAGCCCCCCCGGUGGCCGCUCAAGCAAGGAUGAGGUUACCCCAGGACCCGUAAAUCUACUCACCAUGUCAUCGAUUUCUGAGUGCAACUCCACCAAGUGCCUCCUGCAGUCAGAUUUUGAGGGGACUGGGUAUAACCUAGUGAAUGAGACUCCAGCUAGGAAUUCCCAGCCACCUCAGAAAAUAGGCACUAGUGACAUUCUUCCCUCAGCCCCUCUACAAGAUCAUCCUUCUGGCUCCAGCUCUCGGCUUAGGAGAAAGAAGUCCAGCCCUGCUGUCUGUCAGACCAUUAAUGGCAGCAGUAACUCCCAGGUUAGUCCAGCUGAGUCCUCUACCACUUCCCUGAAAAAGAAGGCUGACAGAGAGCCUGCUCAAGAGAAGCAAGUCUCCAGAGAAUCAGCAUCUAGACACAGGCCGCUCUCCCUGAGAAGCAAACCUCACUCCUGGGGUCUACUAAAGAGCCGCAAUAAGAGCUAUUCUCUUGGGCACUACUCUGGGGAGAAGAGUGCCCAAAACUUAGACAUGGUCCUCCCCUCAGAGGUCAAAAUGGGCUGCUCUUUGCUGGACAUGGACACAGAGGGUCAAAAACGAGACUGCACGGUUCCCCUCUGUCGAAUACAGAGCUCACCAAGUCGACCGUCUGUCUUUGAACUGGAGAAAGAGUUUUUAUCCUGAAAUAAGCUGCAUCUAGAACACAGUCUUACCUUUGGUUUGAAUCUGUCUGUUCAAAUGACAUUUAGUUGUUGUUUUAAUUUUUCCCCAAGAUUAACAUCAUGGCCUUUGAUCAAUAUUUGAGCCAUUGCUGCUGGAGAUAUUCUGUGGUAUUUUUAUUUAUAUGCGGUUUACUUUUAAUAUGUAAUUUAAUAUGAAGUGACAUAUAUGAAGUGAAUGAUCAACAUUCCACUGAAUUUACAGUAGAAUUGCUGGUUUGUAGAUUUUGCAAAGUGACAUGAUUUAUAAACCUUUUACAUUGAUGAACAAGAUCUCAGAUUCUGUUAGAAACUACAGAUUUUUAAAGUGUUCAGGCAUUUUUGUCAUUUGAUUUCUUAUCACGUAAUGUCAUAUGAAAGGCAUAAACAGGGCCCACAGUGUUUAUAUAAAUAAUAAUAGUUCUACAGAUGAAGUGGCUUAGCUAAUGUGAUUGACCAAACUAACAGACCUCAAUUGCCAGCUCAAACAGCACAGGUCCCUACAUAGCUCUUUAUUUUUCCUGUACUAAUAUAUUACAUUUUCAGGGUUUGUCUUUUAGGACCUAUUUGAAAAUGAUUUCUACCUUUUUUUUUUUUUUUUUUUUUGUACAUUAUUUUUUCCUAAAGUUAUAUUGGAGAGGAACCUUAUAUGAGACUCUCUCCUUUUUUAGCUUUAAGUCCGAUGCAUUGGAUCUAAUUGUGUCUUAAAUGUGUAGAGGUCUACACAUGCCUGUAGCUUUUUAGGUUGCAUAGCAGAAGUAUAUAUAGAUAUUGCAUUAUGCUGCCAAAUAGUGAUAAAUGAAUUAAGUGUCUAUCAGUGUUGCUAUUAUUUACAGAUAAUUCCAUUCUAUACAAAACAUACAAAAAUGAAUUUAACUAAUAGAUUCAUCAAGCACCAGGAUGCUAUUUAAAACCCUUACCUUCUGAGUAGCUUGAUUUUGAGUUUUACGCUUCAGUAGGUGCACAGAAUUUAAAGCAGAAUGUUUAUAAUUGAUCAUAUAACGUUAAAUCAGGAUUUGGUGCUUGAACUGUUUAAGUGAUUUAAUCUGUUUCUGCAAAACCCAAAUGCUUUUUUUUAAACUGUCAAUUUAUAUAUUCAAACUGUUUUCUCAGUCAUGACCCUGUGUAAAAGACUUAUUAACAUGUUCACUGUCUAUUUUGGACAUAAGUAGUUGAGUAACUUGCUUUUCCACUUUCUCUGAGUCCCGUCAAGUAUUGUUUUGUAUCUGUGGAGACUGUGAUUUGAAACGUACUUAAUUGAACAGAUUGAAAUGUUAUAGGGUGUCAGAUGAAAUACUCUCAUCUUCUAAUUGGAGAAGAUGUGUUUGAGAAACAGCUCAGUAUUUGAAAAGGUUGUUAUAUUAGGGAUUAUAAUUAUUUACUGUAAUUAUAUCCGUCAGCACAAAUGUACCGUUUUUUUUUUGUUUUGUUUUUUCAGAAAUAAUGAGAGGUUUUCCCACUGACACCUAUUAUGUGGUGCUGUUUUGAAGAAAGAAGAACAAAAUAUGUUUUAUAGCACUGGAAUUUGAGUCAUGAUGAUUGUUCAUUACAUUUAUUGUAUUAAAGCAUAAUAAUGAGUCCUGUUAGUUUAGAUAGACAACUGCACAUUAGGAUUCAUAAGAACAAAGGACUUGGAGAGACAUUGUGGUGCCUCCUUUUUAUGUCUUGCAAAGAUCAUUAAUAGAUGGAGUAAUAAUAUGAUUCCUGUUUUUAAGGAAUUCAUCUGCUGUUAUUGUGUAAGCACAAUCAUUUCUCCUAUUAUGGGAGAACUGCAGAGAUCAAACUUUACAAGCAGUUUUAUUUAGACCAAUUUCCAAAUGUGAAGGACGCAGAUGUGUGAAUGAAAGAAAACAAGAUUUAUGUUCUCACCAAAGUUGAAGUCUUGGAUUGUGAAACGGUUUUGCAAGAUUGUUACAUGGUACACAUGCACUGCUAAUAGUUUUACUGGUUUUGCUCUUUAGUGUAUGUUGUAUUGAGCUCUGUUUUUAUCCGAUGUUUUACCCAUGUGACCAGUUUAAUGUAAAAAGCUGUUCUGUUCUGAUGUGGACUGGUUAUUUGCUCCAGGAGGGCUCAAAGAAAAAAGGGCUGAGCCCAGAAUCAUCUCAUUUAUAUCAAAUUCUACUAUUUUACUGUACACAAGUGACCAAUAAAUACUUUAUACAACA